CGAGCUUGCAAGCGCCUUAUUAGCAGAGGAGCGUCAUACGAAACAUUUAUUCAUAAUUCUGAGCCGCCCUCAAAGUCUGGGCGCAAAACAUUGAAACUGGACCCAGCUGAGACUUGUCACCGCCUAUCCGUCGCCCGUCAGCUUGGGUCCGGACGAUAUUCUCUUCCGAAUCUUUAAACCCGCAAGCCACUGCGUGACUUUCCCACAUCAGCAGCGCGGCCUGACCUGAUCCUUGACUCCAUCAACAUCUUCUGCGGAUUACUUUCGACGACAGCGUGGACCCUCAGCGACCAUGGCGGGGCUUUUCAGAAGAGUGUACGACUGGCUGUUACGGACCUUCUGGUGAGUUUGACUGCCAUGCAUUCCCCCCCGCGUCACCGAGCUGCGGGGCACUACCGGGCCGCAUCUCAUCGGCAGCACAUCGCUGCGACGCGCUCUGGGGUUUCGUGGUGCUGAUUCGAUGCAGGGCGACCGAAUUAGAUGUGACCAUGAUCGGACUGCAGAAUGCUGGCAAAACCUCUCUUCUCCGCGUCCUCUCGGUGAGUAAAAGAGCUCAAGUAGCUCGAUGCCGACGUGGACUGCAAGCACUGACGUCGUUUCAUUGAACAGGGAGGAGAGUUCGCGAUCGAGUAAGCAACCAUUUCUUCACAAUCUCCCACCCCGUUUGCUGAAUUCGACCGUCCCCACCAUCUUGAUUCCCGUGGCCCCGGCUGACCUCCUCUUGCAGCUCCAUACCCACCGUCGGAUUCAAUAUGAAGCGGGUGCAACGGGGGCAUGUGACACUCAAGUGCUGGGAUUUGGGUGGUCAACCCCGCUUCCGGCCCAUGUGGGAGAGGUAUUGUCGCAACGUUAACGCCAUCGUCUUCAUUGUCGAUAUCGCCGACCUAGACCUGCUUCCCGUGGCUCGCGACGAGUUACACUCGCUAAUGAGCCAACCAACCCUCGAGGGCAUCCCACUCCUCGUGCUCGGCAACAAGUCGGAUCUACCUAACAAGUUGUCCGUCGAUGAGUUGAUUGACGCCAUGGACCUCAAGAACGUCGCCCACCGUGAGGUCUCGUGCUAUGGCAUCUCGGCCAAGGAGGAGACCAACCUUGAGGCCGUCUUGCAAUGGCUGAUGAGGUUUGCCAACCGAUGAGCUCUGUUGUUGAGGCCUGUGAGCUUGUCGUUGCUUCUUGUUUUGGAUACCCAACUUUCGGCGGGAUUCGGUUCGCGUGGUGCUUCGGUCUCUCGGCAGUUUGGGUCUGGUGUCUCCUGGUUUCGCAUUUCUCUUUUCCCCUUUGCUCUUUCCGUGUCGUCACAGCAGCUUUUCGGGCAAAGACAUUUGAUUAUCGGCCGGCGACGACCAAAGUUUCUUCUCUCAACACCGGUUCCCUCUCAUUCUCGUCUUGACGGCGUUGGAACUCCUUGCUGUGGUCAGGUCUCAAAAUUAGGGAUCCGGCAGGCCCCAAAGACUGUCUCCUCGAGCGCGCUCGAGGCAAAGACGCAAAGGCUUCUGGCGCAGACGAGCUCAGUCAGGUGCCGCAACGCCGCGCUUGGUUGGCAGCAGCUGCAAUGGCGCUUGCCACUUGCAGCGGUGAGGGAGGAAAUGGAUGAAAACAUUUCC